UGACAAACAUAAAAAUGCAUUUCAAAACUGCAUCCAGUAGGUAAACACACUUUUUGACGUUUCGCGUACCGCAGUUUUCCAGUAGUGCGUGGAUCAGAAAAAGUAAGCAGCAAUUCGCAGACAUGUCGGAAAUGGAAAAAUCGGAUUUGAUUCAGCAGCAGCAGGGCCAUCGUCUUUCCGAGGACAGUGAAUCGGACGACGAAGUGGUGGAAAGUGUCGCGCGGCAGCCGGCGGCGAAUGUGGCCGAUGACCGCGGAAUGAAACGUCCCAACGACGAUUCGGAUGAUGAUGACGAUGCGGGUCAGACGCCGGCCAAGGAACCGAGAGACAAUGCCACUGUGGUCGCAUCCCACUACAACAAACUCGAGGAACGCGGUCUAUACGAGAGGUCCAAAUCGAGGAUAUUCUACAUGCGAAACUUCAACAACUGGAUCAAGAGCAUCUUGAUCAAUCGGUAUCUAGACCGGAUAAAGGACAAAGCGGCGCUCGGAACGCCCCUGAGGGUGAUGGACAUGUGUUGCGGCAAGGGAGGAGACUUGCUCAAGUGGAUCAAGGGCAAUAUUACGCAUCUGAUUUGCACGGAUAUCGCGGAAGUUAGCGUUGAACAGUGCGAGGCCAGAUACAACAACAUCAACCAGAAAAACGAUCAGGGCGGGAAGCCGUUUACGGCAGAAUUCUUCGCCGCUGACGCCACACUUCAACGGCUGAGGGAAAAGUACCGGGAUCCGUCGAUUGACCUCCAUCUGGUCAGUUGCCAGUUCGCGUUCCACUAUUGCUUCGAAUCGCUCAAACAGGCCGAGUUCAUGCUGAAGAAUGCCGCCGAAUGCUUGAAGGAGGGUGGAUACUUUAUCGGGACCAUUCCGGAUGCGAACGAGAUCAUGAAACGGCAACGGGCAGCCGGAGGCGACAGCUUCGGGAACGAUGUGUACAAGAUUUCCUUCUUGUGCGACACGGAGAAGCCUCCGCUCUUCGGGGCUAAGUACAACUUCCAGCUGGACGGAGUCGUCGAUUGUCCGGAGUUCCUGGUCCACUUCCCGACACUGGUAAAGCUGGCCCUCAAGUUUGGCCUCCGGCUGGUGGAGAAGAAACGGUUCGACGAGUUCUACGAGGAAUCGGUUUCCAGUGGGCGCGGACUGCUCGAGAAGAUGCAAGCGCUCGAAACGUUCCCGGGCUUCUCGAGGGAUGACCGCGAGCGGCAGCAGAACCGGGAAGAGUACCGACACGCCCAGCAGUAUCUGGACCGGAAGGACGGACGCCACACCAAGGUCGGGACGCUGUCCAAGUCGGAGUGGGAAGCUAGCACUUUGUACAUGUUCUUCGCUUUCCAGAAGAUGAAAAAAUCAUGGGAUAAGGAGGGAAAACCUGUCUAUUCGUAAUCUGGUUUCACACGGUUACCUCUUUUUUAAUUGUACGAAAAAACUCUGAUCAAUGUCUAUCGUUUUGAUUGUGUAUUGAAAAAUUUGGAUAAUUUUAUGUCUAAUUUAUACAUCUGUGCAGUUAUUUUACCUACAUUUUCUACUAUAUUUUUUGAUGAAAAACUCAUUUUGGAUUACAUCUUACUGCACCUGUUUAGUGGCAUAGCAUGAAACCACAUUAAGCUCUGGAUUUCAACCACCAUUCUUCAAAUUGUAGAAGAAAGAAGGGUCUUAUCAAUUGUUUAUGAAUCCAAUAAAAAAAUUGAAACUAAA